GGUUUUUCUAAAAAAAAACAAAAAGCGAAAAUGACUAAUUUCAGGUGUGGACAGAAUGAAUGAAUGACGGAAGGACGAUUGUUAUAAGUAAUAAGUAAUGAUAAUAAUUUGCUGCGAAGUAAAAUGGCCCUAUUAGGAACGCAAAUUUACAAUGACCGUGAUUUACUAAAAUUCAAAAAUUACAAAGAAUAUUUAGACUCCCUGGUGACAAAUGAUGAUCUCUUUUAUCUGAAUGACAAGAAAGUCGCACGUCAAAUAGUCGAACUUGGUUAUCGCAGUAUUCAAGAAACACUAUCAAAAUCAAAUUUCCAGAAACGUCGCGAAAUUGUUCGCAAUUUAGAAUAUCCAAUUUACAAGCCAUACAUAUUAUGCUCGGAAUUAAUCACACCCACUAAUUUCCUUCAAUCCGAAUUGGCACUUCGCGAGCGUGAAAAUCGCCUCGGGCACAUAUCGACAAUAAUAUUUCUCCGCUACUGCAUCAAAUCGAAAAUUGAAAUUUCCGGCUACAUUGAUUACGCUCAUCGUUUAGAGACUGAGAAUUGGACAGUAUUUUUUCGCAAUGAAAAAAAAUUACAAGUUCGUAGCAACGAUUUGGGAUAUUACAAUACUAAACGAAGAAAAUCAAUUUUGAAUAAAACUAAAAAUUACGAACCAAUGAUUAUUAAUGAUUCAAAACGAAAACUUGCCUUCAAAAAUACUCACGAUCGUCAUUUUAUUUAUGUCAAUGAAAAUAAUUUAUUUCCCGGAAUUGGAACUUUUAGGAAAGUAAUUCGUAGUCAAGGAUAUGAGGAUAUCGUUUUGUAUGAUCAUCAUCUUCGCAGUAAAUUAUAAUUUCUUUUCAACAAAAUUUUUCCUAUGUGUGUA